AUGCUGCAUGAAAUUUUAAACACCAUAUCUAUAGUAACUGACUUUGAAACUGUGACGAUGGUUUCCACACCGAUCGUGUGGCUGUGCUGCCUGUUGGCGUCAGUACUUGCUGUACCUGUGCAGAAGUACACAGACAAGUAUGACAGCAUCGACAUGCAUGAGAUCGUAGAAAACCCGAAGCUGCUACACGGGUAUUCCGACUGUCUCCUCGACAAGGGCCCAUGUACUCCUGAAGGCAAAGACGCAAAAGCAAACUUACGUGAUGGACUGGAAACUGGCUGUGGGAAGUGUACUGAAAUACAAAAGGAUAAAGUUACCAUCUUCAUAGAACAUGUGAUCAAGAAUGAACGUGGUAUCUGGAAGGAAUUGACCGAUAAAUAUGACCCUGAGGGUAUCUGGAGAAAAAAAUACGAAGACGCCGCGAAGGAAAAGGGUAUCAUCAUUCCUAAAGAC